GCUUCCUUUGGAGAAAAAUUCCUUUGGGCUUGCCCCACAUCGUCGUCCCAUGUGUACCAAUGCCACCAAUGCCAGCGAUGCUAGCGAUACCACCAACAGACCAACCCAAACUUUAGGACCCACGGCUCAGGGACAGGUCACAGCAAAAGAAGGAGAGAAGGGGCAGGAAAGGGACGGGCAGUUACCUAGGUAAAACUAGCGUCAAGUUUAUUCGUUAAUUCGUUAGAUAAUAGCUCCUAGCUUAAAGUCGGCAUAUUGUGUGGACGGAAAUUGCGCCAUUCUGGGUAUUCUUUUCAGCACCUACCCAGUAGUGGUAUCCUAGUACCUAGUCCUUUAGUUCCUGCCCCUCCGAUUUUUUAUCCCUUUCACCAAUAGAAAAGCUAGAGGAAAAACUCCCGUUUCCAAUUCUUUUCCUUCUUAAACUUCACCUCCCCCUCCCAGAAUUCUUUUCUCUUUUUACCCUCCAGGAGACACUCUUGGGCUUAGCAUUUCCUUUGGUUGCUUAGAAUUAACUUACAUAUAGCAGCUUGUUUAACUAGAUUUCUAUUUUUCUCUCUCGCUAUCUACAUCUUCAAGAUGCCUGCUACCAACGGCUUUGCCAGCUCCUUGAGCACCCCUCGGAACGCCGGGGCUUUCCUCUUCACCUCCGAAUCUGUCGGUGAGGGUCACCCCGACAAGAUCUGUGAUCAGGUCUCCGAUGCCAUCCUCGAUGCCUGCCUUGCUCAGGACCCCCUCUCCAAGGUCGCUUGCGAGUCUGCCACCAAGACCGGUAUGAUCAUGGUCUUCGGUGAGAUCACCACCAAGGCCACCAUUGACUACCAGAAUGUCAUCCGAAGCGCUAUCAAGGAGAUCGGAUACGACUCCUCCGACAAGGGCUUCGACUACAAGACCUGCAACGUCAUGGUCGCCAUUGAGCAGCAGUCGGCCGAUAUCGCUCAAGGUCUUCACUACGAGAAGGCUUUGGAGGAGCUGGGUGCUGGUGACCAAGGUCUCAUGUUCGGCUAUGCCACCAACGAAACCCCCGAACUCCACCCUCUCUCUCACCUUCUCGCCCACAAGCUCAACCAGGCCUUGUCCAAGGCUCGCCGAGAUGGAACCCUCCCCUGGCUCCGACCUGACACCAAGACCCAAAUCACUAUGGAGUACAAGCACGACGGCGGUGCUGUCGUUCCCCUGAGAGUCCACACCAUCGUUAUCUCUACUCAACAUAGCGAGGAGGUUACGACUGAGCAGGUCCGAAAGGAGCUGAAGUCUAAGAUUAUCGACUCCGUCAUCCCCAAGCAGUACAUCGACGAGCACACCAUUCUCCACCUCCAGCCUUCCGGCCUCUUCAUCAUCGGUGGUCCUCAGGGUGACGCCGGUGUCACUGGCCGAAAGAUCAUCGUCGACACCUACGGUGGCUGGGGUGCUCACGGUGGUGGUGCUUUCUCCGGAAAGGAUUUCUCCAAGGUCGACCGAUCCGCCGCCUACCUUGCUCGAUGGAUUGCUAAGUCCCUCGUCGCUGCCGGCCUCGCCAAGCGAGCGCUGGUCCAGCUCUCUUACGCCAUUGGUGUAGCUGAGCCCUGCUCUAUCUACGUCGACUCCUACGGCACCUCUGACAAGACUGCCGAGGAAUUGGUCGACAUCGUCAAGGCCAACUUUGACCUCCGACCUGGCGCUAUUGCCAAGGAACUCAACCUGAUGCGCCCCAUCUACAACCAAACAGCCAAGUUCGGCCACUUCGGCACCAACCAGGAAUUCACCUGGGAGCAGCCUAAGACCCUGAAGUUUUAAGUCUGUUAACAUUUUGUAGGUUUCCGCUGAGGGGAUUUUUCAGAUUUAUAAAGUAGCGGAAGAAUCAACUUCUUUCUGCAUUGCGAACGGCGUUGUUGGGUGUGUUAUCUAGAAGACAUAGGAUUCCCUCAUCGGAAAAUGUCAUGAAAAUUUAACGGGCAUGGCAGCAUGGCGUACGGUUUCAACAUACCUGGUUUGGGCAAAGGCACAGAUAAAGGUGACAUCUACGGGGUCACCGGGGCCUUUUAAAGGCGACGGAUGGGUAAAUAUCCGCAUUGCAUUUUUCAACACGGCAAUAUCCUAUAUCGAACAGCGAUCAGGACAAAAAUAUGAUACCACUUGUCGUA